AUAUAGGGAUGCGCUCCCGGCGCCUUCCCCACGCCCCGGCGGCACCAGGCUCCCCAAAAAAUCGCUUCUAGCCCCCUCUGCCUCCAUCCCAUGGGCUCGGCGAGCACCUGAGCCCGGCUCCGCGAUGAAGACCAUCAUCGCCGCCUACUCGGGGGUGCUGAGAGGUACAGGGUCAAGCAUUCUUUCUGCUCUGCAGGAUUUGUUCUGGCUAUCCAAAUCCAAAGUAGAGAAACAACUGCAGAUCAUCUCCGUGCUGCAAUGGGUCCUCACGUUCCUUAUCAUGGGUAUUGCUUGCACUUUAAUCCUCAUGUACAUACUGUGCACAGAUUGCUGGGUGAUCGCUGCUCUAUAUUUAGCCUGGCUGGUGUUUGACUGGAACACGCCAAAGAAAGGUGGAAGAAGAUCCCAAUGGGUGAGAAACUGGGCUAUAUGGAGGUACUUCAGGGAUUAUUUUCCAAUAAGGCUGGUUAAAACCCACAAUCUGCUGACCACCAGGAAUUACAUUUUUGGGUACCAUCCACAUGGCAUCAUGGGCUUGGGUGCCUUCUGCAACUUCAGCACAGAGGCCACGGGCGUCAGCCAGAAAUUCCCCGGGAUCCGACCGUACCUUGCUACCCUGGCUGGGAACUUCAGGAUGCCCAUUUUGAGGGACUACUUAAUGUCUGGAGGUAUAUGUCCCGUGAACCGUGACAGCAUAGACUACAUCUUAUCCAAGAACGGCAGCGGCAAUGCCAUCAUCAUCGUGGUGGGGGGAGCGGCGGAGUCCCUGAACUGCACCCCGGGGAAGAACUCCGUGACGCUGAAAAACCGGAAAGGAUUUGUGAAACUGGCUCUACGGCAUGGUGCGGACCUGGUUCCUGUCUACUCCUUCGGAGAGAAUGAAGUGUACAAGCAAGUGAUCUUCGAGGAGGGUUCCUGGGGAAGAUGGGUUCAGAAGAAGUUUCAGAAGCACAUUGGCUUUGCUCCGUGCAUCUUUCAUGGCCGUGGCCUCUUCUCCUCCAACACGUGGGGCUUGUUACCGUACUCCAAGCCCAUCACCACUGUCGUUGGCGAGCCCAUCACCAUCCCCAAAAUUGAUAAUCCAUCCCAGAAGGAAGUGGACUUCUACCACAGCAUGUACGUGGACUCCCUGAUCAAACUCUUUGACAAGUAUAAGAGCAAAUUUGGUCUGCCAGAGACUGACAUCUUGGAAGUCAACUGAAGGGACUGGCUCAGCAGCAGUACCUCCUUCUCUCAGAUUCAGCCCAUCUUCUCCAGGAGUCCAAACUGUCAUCAUGCAUUUGAUGAAAGCAUGUGUGGGUGUAUGUGUCUUCUUAAAGAAAGUGUUUAAAGUAUUGCUAGACCACUUGCAAAAAUAAUUAUUUUUUUUUAAAAAAAGUAUUUACUUAAGAUAAAUCCCAUUACAAACAUCUUUCUGUCUGAAAGAGCACAACUCCCCAUUGCUGUGAGGAUUUGGAUGGGGGAAAUGAUUGCCUUUGUAAUCUGCUCUAUAAUGCUGUUGGAUUGCCAGUGGUGGAUUAGAAGCAUUCCUACAUCUACUGCGUAAGCUAUUUUGGGAUGGCAGCAUCCAGCUGGUUCUCAACCAGAAAGUAGCAGGCUGAUUUGACCAGGAGAGCAGUAUUGCAGGCACGUUGCACAAGAGCUGUGCUGAGACAUGCUUUACCUAGCACAAGGGCUUCUCUGCUUUGGAAAAGCCCCUUCUGAAAGCACCAGCAGGCUGCCAAAACCCAGGCAGGGCACCUACCCUGUGUGGUGCAGGGAACCAAAGGAUGUGUGAGUCUAGAAGACCUCGAUCCAUACAGCGUACCGGAUACUUUGGUGGCUGUAACUUCACUUCUUGUGUCUGGAAAGUCACUUUAGAAGCAGGUCUGUCCCAGGUGCUACUUGCACAGUGGUAGCAGGAAAGACAGGACUCCUUCAUAGCCACGAAGCUCCGAGGACAAGUUCUAGGAGCAGUGGGAUGGUGCAAUGGUGUGGCCCCAGUGUUGCAGACCCUUAGGGUAAGCCAGUAGGGGUAAAUGCAGCGGGACUGUUCGUGUUUUGGAUCCCAAAAAAAAAGCAUUUGGGGAAAGCUUAGGAGUAACUUCUGCCCAAAGAUGGCUUUUAAAUAUUCUGUCCAGUGAAUGUGAAGGAGUAGCCUUCUCACGCAUAGGAUCUGGUGAGCGACUUUUAAAAGUGUUUAUAAAAUGUUUACGUGGCUGCUAACAGUGCUUGUAGUGAGAUUUCUUCAGAGUACAGUGUGUUUGUGUAAACCUGAAACAUUGCACUACUUGCAUGUCUGACCUGCCUUUGCAAACGUUCGGUGAGUGUAUUUUGAGCUCUAAAAUGUGCCUUUCUUCCAUGCAAGAGGACGGUACUUCACAUUCCUGGAAUCUUGCCUCUGACGACAAACGUCCAUCUGUCAUAUUUGAUAGACUGUUGUAUUACAGAGUACCGAUUUUUGUACAAAUUUCUAGAAAUAAAACUUGAG